AUGUUAUAUUUGAUAAUUUUAAUAUUAUUAACAAAUAUAAUAAAAUCCUUUAAAGUUAUGAAAAUAACUGUACCUGAUACAAGUGGUUUAAAUGUUGUAGAUAAGAACUUUCAGCCAAAAUAUUUUAUAAAAAAUAAAUUACGUUUUGUGACACCCUAUAUUUAUACAUAUAAAUUAUUUUCCAAAAAAAGAUGGAUAGGCAAAAAAAUAUCAGAAGUCUUAGCAUCCGAGUUUUGUGCUUAUGACAUGAAUUACUUUUUAGAAUCAAUAAAAAAAGGAUAUAUAAAAGUAAAUAAUGAAAAUAUUUCAAGUGAUUAUAUCAUUAAAAAUAAUGAUUUUAUUGAGCAUAAAUUAUUAUUAUUUGAAAAACCUGUUUUAUGUAGUAAAAUUAUAAUUUUAUAUGAAGAUGAAAAUUUUAUUUGUGUAUAUAAGCCAUCAAGUUUACCUACCCAUCCUGUUGGUUUCUAUCAGUAUAAUUCACUUCUAAGAAUUAUACAGAAUUAUAUGGCUAUGUCAAAAAAUCAAAUUUUAAAUAAUUCAAAAAUUGAUAAAUUAGAAGAUGUUAUAAAAAUAAAUUUCAAUUUUAAAAAAGCAAAUUUUCAGUAUAACCCUGAAACUCAAACAAAAAGUGAAAAUUCCAAUUCACAGAGUAGCAAUUCUACAGAAAAAUUCGAAGAAAAAAACAUGACUUUAUGCAAUCAACAAGAAAAUGAAAUUUAUAAAGAAGAUAAUCAUACUAUUAAUUUAGAAAAUAAGAUAAAAAAAAAAAAGCAAAACUGGUUAAAUGAAGAAAAUAAUAUCAAUGAAUUAAACAAACCAUUUUCUAAAGAUUUAGAUUCUAACAAAAAUGCAAAUGAUCAUUUGGAUUAUUUGAAAUAUAUAAAAGAUAAACAGACUAGUAUUUUAAAUGACUACUCAUCUGAAAGUGAAAUAAAAAAUUUAUUUAGUAAUAAUUUAAAUAACAAAAAAGAGGAAUUAAAUUAUGAAAAAGAAAGCACAUUAGAUGAUGAAAUGGAUAAGAAAAUAUAUAAUAAAAUUAAUAAGAAAUUAAAUAAAAAAAUUAAAAAUGUAAAUAACAUUGAAAAGGUAGAUAAUAAAAAUAACGAGAACUUAUAUAUUUAUACACUUCAUAGAUUAGAUAAAUUAACUUCAGGUAUUGUUCUUUUUGGAAAAAAUAAAGAAUUUUCUACAUCUUUUUCUGAAAAUUUAUCAAAUAAUAAAAUUAAAAAAACAUAUAUAGCAAGAGUUGAUGGAGACUUUAGAAAACUAAUUAGAAAACUUUUAGAUGAAAACAAGGUCAUAAAUAAUAUUUCAAGUAUAAAUUUAAAUGAUUUGAUGGAGCAAUAUUGCAAUAAUUGCAAAAAUGAUAGCUCUUUAAAAUAUAAUGAUGGUGAUUCUUUUAAAAAUGAUAUAUUUUUGUAUGAAAACAAUUACAAAAAACAAGAUUUUCAAAGAGAAGUAAAUAUAAAUAAAUUAAUAGACUGUAUAAAAGAGAAUAAUAAUGACUUAAAAGAUUGUUUUGAUGUAAGUAAAUAUGAAGAAGAAAGUUUUUUUGAUGAUAUUAGUUUUCAAAACACAUCUAAUGAUGAAACUAAUAAAUUAGAAAUGUAUCAUAAAUAUUUUGUCAUAGAUUUUGGAUAUAUGUAUUGUGAAAGUAAGAAAUUAUUAAAAUAUGUUUUUACAAAAUAUACAAACUCCAAUUAUAAAGAUUUUUGUGAAUAUUCUCUAAAACCAAGUAUUACUAGAUUUAUGUUUUUAUCAUAUAAUUCUCAGAUUAAUGAAUCAAUUAUAUUGUGUCAACCAAUAACGGGAAGAACCCAUCAAAUAAGAGCUCAUUUAAAUAGUUUAUCAUUCCCUAUAUCUAAUGAUUCACAUUACAAUAGAAAAUUUGAAGAAGAAUAUAUUAAGAAAUCCAAUUAUUUAUAUUUCGAUGCUGAUACUAACGAUAAUAAAACUUAUGAAGAAUAUAAUAGAGAACAUGAAAUUAAUAAAAAUUUAACAUUAUCUGAAAAAUAUGAAUAUUUUCCUCUUAUUCCAUUUUUAAAUAAGUCCUUUAAUUGGCUUUACGACGAAAAUAUAAAUUUAAAUAGUGAAUAUAAUGAAGAAUAUAUAAAUAAAUAUUUUUUUAAAAAUAUUAGUAACGUUACUUAUCAUAGCUCAGGAAUAUUUCUGCAUUCUUUCAGAUAUACAUGGGAGAACAUGAUUGAUGUUUUUACUCUUCUACCUAAAUGGUGUUAUUUAUUUUAUAUACCGAAGAAUAUUUUGACAUUCCUGAUAUAUGGAAAUUUAUCAUAG